AUGUCUGUUAGAUUUGUCUUCUCGCACAUUGGCCUGACCGGAAGCGUGGUAGCCUACAGUAUCCUUGGCGGCUGGAUAUUUAUGGGCCUUGAAGCACCCCACGAACGAGAACUCAGGGGUGAGAUAGCCAAAAUCAGAGGCCAUUACGUGAGAUUCUUUCUUUCUUUCUUUCUUUCUUUUCUUUCUUUCUUUCUUUGUUUCUUUCUUGUUCCUUCCAUUGUUUGUUUGUUUCUUUGUUUCUUUCUUCCUUUCUGUCUUUUUUUCUUGUUCGUUCCAUUAUUUCUGUCUUUUUCUUCUUUCUUUCUUACUUGUUCUCUUCUUUCUUUCUUUUUCUGUCUUUCUGACUUUCUUUCUUUCUUGUUCCUUGCAUUCUUUCUUUAUUUCUUUUUUGUUCCCUCUCUCUUUCUUUCUUUCUUUCUUUCUUUCUUUCUUUCUUUCUUUCUUUCUUUCUUUCUUUCUUUCUUUCUUGUUCCCUCCAUUCUUUAUUUAUUUCUUUUCCUGUCUUUCUUUCUUGUUCCCGUCAUUGUUUGUUUCUUUCUUUUUUCUUGUUCCACCCUUUCUUUCUUUCUUUCUUUCUUUCUUUCUUUCUUUCUUUCUUUCUUUCUUUCUUUCUUUCUUUCUUUCUUAUUCCUUAGUUUUAACCCCCCUCUCUUUACUCUUAUUCUCACUCUCCGUAACCCUCUCUCUUUACUCUUAUUCUCACUCUCUGUAACCCUCUCUUUACUCUUAUUCUCCUCUCUGUAA